AGUUGACAUUGUUGAACGGAGGUGAAACGCCAUUACGGAAUAUCUAAAAGAAAACAUAAACUAGAAGGACUGUAAACUACAUUUCUACAACACCGGUGUUUGGUGAGUCUGGCUGUUUAAGGAUAAUUCAUUCAAACACCACCAACUAAUGGAGACACAAUUAAGUGGAAGUUUCAUUUAAACCAGUUCCACCCACAACACAAGGAACCGAAGUUUACUUUGCUGAUCAGAGCAGAGACGCCAUUACAUGAAACUGUGGGAUCUGUACAGAAGAACACUGACUAGGAGGACUGUAAGUCAAAGAGCUGUGUUUUGGUGAGAAUUGUUAUUGAAAAUAAAUCUGGAAAUCAGUGGAAAUGGCUGAGAAAAUUGCUCUCUUUGAAAGUUUCCUGAGUUGCCAUGUGUGUUCAGAGACUUUCAGAGAUCCUGUGUCUCUGAGCUGCGGCCACAGUUUCUGUUCAAGCUGCCUGCAGAAAUUCUGGGAACAAGCUGAAAACAAAAACUGUCCCAUUUGUAAGAGAAAAUCAUCUAAAGAUGAUCCAGGAAUAACCUUUACACUGAAGGAACUGGCUGAUUCCUUUGCUGGGAGACAGAAAACUGGUUCGUUUGAGGCAGAAAAAGUAGAAAAGAAAGUGGAGGUGGUGUGUAGUAAACAUCCAGAAGAAGCUCGAUUGUUCUGUAAAGAUGAUGAUAGAUUUGUGUGUCCUGUCUGUGAGUUUUCUCUCCACCAGAAUCACAAAGUGGUUCCUAUAGAACAAGCAGUCAGUGACCUGAAGGACCAGCUGAAAUCUGACUUAAAGUCUCUGCAGGCAAAGAGGGAAAAAUACAAACAAGUGGAGGAAAUGUACAACAAAGUGAAUGAACACUCCAAGGAGCAGCUGUUGUCCACAGAGAGGCAGAUCAGAGCAGAGUUCAACAAGCUCCACCAGUUCCUGAAAGAGGAAGAGGAGUCCAGACUGGCAGCUCUUAGGGAGGAAGAGGAGCAGAAGAGGAAGACUAUCUGCAGAGAGAUGAAGAGCAUUCACGAGCACAUCUCCUCUCUGUCAGACAGCAUCUCUGCUGUUGAGCAAAAGCUGCAAAAACACAACGUACUGUUCCUCAGCGGUUAUAAAGAAAUGCAGACCAGAGCCAGAGCCCAGAGCUCACUGUCAGACCCACAGCUGCUCUCAGGAGCUCUGACAGAUGUGGCCAAACAUCUGGGCAACCUGUCCUUCAGAGUCUGGGAGAAGAUGAAGGAGAAGGUCCACUUCAGUCCUGUCAUUCUGGACCCAAACACUGCAAACCCCCGUCUCUAUCUGUCUGAUGAUCUGACCAGUGUGAGACGAGGCACAGGGCAGCAACUUCCUGAUAAUCCAGAGAGACACACUGAGUAUACUGAUGUUCUGGGCUCUGAGGGCUUCAACUCAGGGAAGCACAGCUGGAUGGUGGAGGUGGGAGAUCAUCCUCACUGGAUUAUAGGUUUGGUUAAACAGUCAGCUGACAAGAAUGAAGAGUUCCCUUUACCAGAAUAUGGAUUCUUCUGUUUGGAUCAUCACAAUGGGGAAUACUUUGAUGGUGAUGGUCAGACUGUCAGAGUGAAGAAGAGUCUUCAGAGGAUCAGAGUCCAGCUGGACUAUGACAGGGGAGAGGUUUCCUUCUACGACCCUGAAGACACGACUCCCAUCUACACUUACAAAGACACUUUCACUGAGAAACUCUUCCCAUAUUUUAAUAUGGGACAGUCUGGUGAGGCCAAAACCACUGAUAUUAGAAUCUGUCACACUGAGAUUUCCCUGUGAUGAUCAGGAAAGUUAGUAAACUGUCCAAACCCAACAACUAUAAAAAGUAUUUCAGUUGUAUUUCUCUCUGAACUCAUCAUCACACUUCACAGUCAAACCUUUAUUCUUGAUCUUCAUGUCUUUGAUUCUGUCUUUAAAACAGAUUUGAUGCCUCUUCAUUUUUUUCUUUUUGAUCAACACCUAAAAUGGUUUUCAUGAACAAAAAUGUUGAACAUGCUAAAAACUACUGAAACUAGAUCGUAUAUACUUUUACUUCAGUGUGUGUUUAAAUUAGAUCAGAGAAGCUUGUUAAACAACCAAUAAUCCAGAGAAGUUAAAGAUCUAUUAAACAUUGAAACUGUAUCACAUCAUCAGUUUAAAGAUGGAAAAUGUUUAUUCUGGAUUCAUCAUUUGUGUCCAAUAUUUUCUGUUUCUGGUUGAGUUGAGUCACGUUUUUUAGUUUUUGAGAUUCUUUCAUUCAUUGUUGAGUUAUUUUAGUCUUGGAAAUGUUUUAAUGUGAUUCAUUUACAUUUUAGAGUUGGGAUCAGUGAAUCAAACAGCUUUCUGUUUCUGAUUAUUGUUAUUUUGUUCUACAGUGGAACUGAUUUGUUGUUUAGCAUCACAGAACAUUUUAAUCCAACUGUUUCAACUUCUAUCUGAAAAGAAUGAUGUCAAGGUUUUUUAUUUUCAUGGAAAUUUGCUGCAAUAACGUGAAAGCAAACUGUUGUUUUUACCUGGAAAUCGUUUUUUGAAAGACUUGAGCCUUCAAGGAUUUAUUUCUUUUAUUCAGUGAAGAUUUAUUUCAGAUGGAAACUCCUGUUUUUAUAAUCAUCUGAGUUUUGAUGGAAAUCUCCAGAAUAUUUUCUCCAGUUGUUCAAUAAAUACUCGGAUGGUUUGUAAUCUCACUGAUGCUGCUUUAUUGCAGGGAGAGCUGUGGCUCAGGUGGGAGAACGGG